AUGUCGACAUAUUUGUCGAUAUCGUACUUGGAUGUACGUAUUCGAGUCUACUACAACGAAAUUAUAUUGAAUUUGCAUUUGCUGGCAAUCCCUAUGCACGAGGGCCAUACUGGAGAAGCCAUGUUCGAUGCUGUCGUACCAGUGCUUGACGUUCGUUGUCCCAACUGGAGAGACGUUAUGCUUGGUAUUACCACUGACGGAGAACGCAAAAUGACGGGAGUUAAUAAAGGACUGGCAACUCGAUUUCAAAAGGUAUGCCGAAGUGGCUUCAUGCGUGUUUGGUGUGGCUUGCAUCAGCUAGAUUUGGCUCUCCAGAAUACCUUUAAGGCAGCAAUGAAAGGGCGGUUUUUCGGCUACAUGACGCAAACAAUUGCGUAUCUACGACGCCAAGGAACUCUAAUACGUCAGAUGGAUACCACCGCUCCCCUAUUUCAGGACACGCGCUGGGAACUUAUUGCAACUGUGCAGUACUUGGUUUAUGAAACACCGAGUAACAUUGACAGCACAUUUAGAUGCCAAAACACCGUGAUCACAUUUAGAAGUCUAGAAGGAACCACAGCCCUUGUAACGGAGCAAAUGGCUCAGAUGAAGAAGUUGUCUAGUGACAUCCAGAUCAUGUUUGGUGUUCGAGCUGUGGGGGAUGAAGACAACAGUGAGCUAGACAACCGACCUACUACAUUAUCACUGGCUGAGAACAAUGCAAUGGUUUGUGAUCACGCGAAAAUUUUAGAUCUGCUUCAAGAUAACGGUUCAUUCGCAAUUAAAAUCCUGGAUACAAUUGGAACGGAUGCCGCGACACUAUUAGCCUCGGAUCUUGCAAGUGUAAUGGCAACUUUUGUUGAAAGAGUUAAUUCAAUCGAGCCCAAACGCAAUGAGAAAAAUGAACCUGUAGAAGGAGAGCUUCCACCAUCUCUUCCCCGAGAGUUUGUAAAGUUACAAGGCCGAGAUUUAUCAGCUUUGAUACUAAAACAUCGCGAUCGAAUGGCUCCGCACUGGACUGGCGAACAAAUAGAUGCCAUUGAGCAAGAGCAUUCAGCAUUAUGCGACCAGUACCGCCGUCAUGAACAGUUUCGUCGCAGUAUUGACAAUGAUAUUGAGAAAGUAUGUACCUUCGAAGACGCGUGGAACAAUGCCGACGGAAAAUCCCCGAUACUAAAAAGGUUUGCAGGUGGUUUGGCCACAACUUUCCCUGGGACAUCGACCGUAGAAAGUGAUUUCUCGAUUUUAAAAUGGGAGAAGCCACCGUCGAAAAGCAGACUUACAAGCUUUUCUCUUGAAGGACUGUUGCACGCGAAACAAUUCGCUCUUCUCAACAGCAUCAAGGUCUCCUCAGACGGCAAGCCGGGUGAUACUAGCACUACCAAUGAUCCUCUUAUCUCAUAG